GUUAUCUGCUGCGACUGCGUCCAAAAGUCAAAACAACGCUGAUAAGAAUGUGCUGUCUGAUAAGAGGAUGUUUAUAUUGAUGAAGUGUGGCCUCACACAAUGCCCUCUUAAGAUAAUUCACGAUGACUCGACUGCUCGGCUGGCAUUUUAUCCUCUUUUGCGCUCCACGUUGCAGCCGCUAGCGAACGUCAACGUGCAACUUCCUGCGAGUGUUCUCCUCUGUUGUGUUGCGACCUGCAGGCGGCUCGUAUUCGUGGCGUCGACACCAGAAUGACUUCAACACAAUCUCAAGCAAACAACAUCACAUGACGGAGCAGAAAAAAACUCUCGGACCCUUCACCUCGCCCUGCUCCGCCUCCUCGGGACGAUGCCGGGCAGCGGGCGGAAAAGCGGCAGGCGUUCGCUAUGGCGCUUUCUCUUCCCGCGCCGCGUCCGUCAGGAACGAGUGGUAUUGGCUCGUAGCGAGAGCCUUCCGAGCGAGCAGGUGCUGAAGAUCACCGUCACCGAGACCGCUGUGAUCAAGGCCGGCUCAGGGGUCUUGAACCGUCGCUCCCUCGCCUACUUGACCCUCUGGUACUUCUUCAGCUUCUGCACUCUCUUCCUCAACAAGUACAUCCUGUCGCUACUGGAGGGACAGCCGAGCAUGCUGGGUGCUGUUCAAAUGCUCUCCACCACCGUCAUUGGCUUCCUUAAGAUGUUGGUGCCCUGUUGCCUAUACCAGCACAAGUCCAGGAACGAGUAUCCCCCCAACUUCAUCAUGAUCAUGCUGUUUGUCGGACUGAUGAGGUUCACCACAGUGGUAUUAGGCUUGGUUAGCUUGAAGAAUGUGGCGGUGUCUUUUGCUGAGACGGUGAAGAGUUCGGCUCCUAUUUUUACCGUCAUUAUGUCAAGACUUAUUCUUGGAGAGUACACAGGCUUGUGGGUGAACCUCUCUCUGUUCCCCGUCAUGGCGGGUCUUGCACUCUGCACGGCCACGGAGCUCAGCUUCAACUUGCUGGGCUUUUCUGCCGCUCUCUCCACCAACAUCAUGGACUGUUUGCAGAAUGUCUUCUCCAAGAAACUACUGAGUGGUGACACUUACAAAUUCAGCCCUCCAGAACUGCAAUUUUAUACCAGUGCAGCUGCAAUCAUCAUGCUCAUCCCAGCCUGGAUUUUCCUCUUGGAAACUCCAGCAGCUGAGAAAAGCGGACAUACCUUCACCUUCAGUCAGGACAUCAUCAUGUUACUAGUCUUCAACGGCGGCCUGUUCCACCUGCAGAGUGUCACCGCCUACGCUCUGAUGGGACGCAUUUCUCCGGUUACUUUUAGCGUGGCAAGCACGGUGAAACACGCCCUAUCUGUAUGGUUGAGCGUCAUCGUGUUCAGCAAUCAGAUCACAAUGCUCAGCGCCACCGGCACCGUCCUGGUCUUCUUGGGGGUUUUCUUGUAUAACAAAGCCAGGCAGGCUCAGCGGCAGCGCUUGCAAGCCAUGGCUGCACAGCAGAACCACAAACUCCAAUCUGAAAAACAGGAAGUCCAACAAGGCCCGCAGUCUCACUAAAGACUGAGAUUUUAAAGCCAUUCCAGUACAAGAGGACCAGCAUACAUUUUUCAGGUAUGAUCCAGUUGAGGAAGGGACUCCUGUUGUAAGGUGAAGCCUUUGGUGAAGCCCUGUGGAACAUUUUUUUUUUCUUCAUCAUGCUGCCAAUGGAAGCGAAUGCUUGCUUUCAGCCCUCCCGGUGCAAUUGGAUUGGAUGUCUAUUGCUGUCAAUAGCAGUUCAGUUAGAACUUUUCAAUGGUGCUUGGAGAUGUGAAUAGUUAAAGAUUCCAAAGUGACAAAUGUGUAUGUGUUAUUUUUAUUUUUUUUAAAUGAUUUCAUUGGAUGCAUGCGAAUAAAUAAAGAGGUUUGAAUAAGGCCUCAACUUGCGUGAGAAGUGACAAUCAGCAAUUUAAUGAGAAUGGGUUUGUAUUUGUUUCUCGGUGGACCUCUUCAUCUGUGAUUUUGGUCCGACCAUAGAAGGGGAGAAGAGAGAGAGAAAGCGAUGAAAGUGGCGAGAACAUUCCGUUUACGAAAGUUUUUUUAUUUGAUGCAUCUCCACUUCAUAUUAUGAAACAAUUUCCAAAAUACGAGAGAUGCAGCCAUCAUUCCCGCUAGCAAAAAAUUUGAAAAGUCAUUUGGUUUGUAAAGCAGCAAAUGCUGAAAAUUAUGACGUUUUCUCACAUUUAGUGCCACACAGUGUUUAAAAUGUG